AUGUCUUCCCUUGAUCUCACUAACCAAUGGCUGAGAACCGUCCUUCAGCCAUACCCUUCCCGAGAACGUAUUCUACCCGAGGUCAUGGACGUUCUCGCUCAGUGGCGUACUCUCAGUGUCAAGACCGAAGCUUUCACAUUUGACACUGGUCAUACAGCCCUACUUCUUCUGUUACACGGUACACUUCCCAUCACCUAUCGAGGGGCGACUUAUCAAAUCCCCAUUCACAUCUGGGUACCGACCGAGUAUCCUCGCGCACCUCCCUUGGUGUUUGUCGUACCGACGGCCGAGAUGGGUAUCAGGAAAUCUCAUGAGGUGGAACCUGGAGGAAGGGUCAGGGAUAUCGUUGUGGAAGAGUGGUGGGGAUCUUGGGAGAUCAAGACCAUUGGAGUUCUUCUACGACAUUUGACCGAUUUGUUCUCUCUUACACCACCGGUAUAUGCUCGACCACCAGAUCAGCCAAAGAGUCCAUCAAUAGCCACCCCUCACCGACCUUCUUCUGCCGCCGGACCCGCGGCUGGACCCUCAGUGAUGACACUACCUUCAUAUAAACCCUCCACGAAUCCCUCAGCAGGACAAUAUACACCUCAAUCGCCUAUCCGGCAAAGUUUCAUCCCAUUCAGUCCUCAGUCUCCCCAAUCUCCACCAGUUCCUCAAAGACCACACGCUGGACCAUCACGGAAUGAUAGCCUGCCCAGUCAAAUGUCUGGUCCAUCUCAGCAGUCCUUCAUGCCCAAUAUCAAUCCUCCCCUAGCUUCAUCUCCUCAACCUCAGCAUCCCGCAUUUUCUGGACAAAGCAUAGCAGCUCAUAUUCUGGAGCCAUUACGACAUCACACUCCGCCUAUUCCACCACGAGGCUUCACACCUGCUCAUCCUCAAAUAAACACCCACUCACCCGAUCAUUCAUCUCAAGUUUACCAUCCUCAUGAUACACCUCCACCUACUGUACCUUCGCAUCCCCAACAUUCACCGCCCGCACAUUCCGUACCAACUCGAAAGCCCAUAGCUGAUCUUCUUUCCUCCCCGUUGUCAUCCACGACUGCACUUCCGUCAGAUUCAGCGGAGAAGACCGCACCUCCCCCUCUUCCCCCGUCUAAACCACCGCCUCCGUCUCUCCUCCAUCUCCAUUCGAUCCUCUUGCCCCAUCUCAAUGCAUCACUCCCUCCUCUCAUUCAAUCUUUGCAGACAAAUCGGAAUCACUUACUGGAACGUCGAGAAGAUUUAACCUCUGGGGAACCGGCGAUUCGGGACGAAAUGGCUCGCCUACUAGCCGUAAAAAAGGUGUGCGACUCGACUGGUCGGAAGAUGGAGGAUGUGGUCGCUCGAGCAGAGGAGCGAGUUGCAGAUCUAGAGCAAAGGGGGGAGGUUAGCGUCGAUGAACUGGUCUGUGGGAUUAGCAUAGUGCACAAUCAACUUAUUGAUCUGGUGGCGGAAGACAAUGCUAUCGAGGACACAAUCUAUCAUUUGACCAGAGCCUUAGAUGCGGAACGUAUCGACUUGGAUCGAUUUCUCAAAUCUAUCAGAUCCCUAGCAAGGGAGCAAUACAUGAAACGGGCCCUCGUUGAGCGUAUCUUGACAGGGAUGGGACAGAAACAAGAUUGGUGA